AUGACAAUCCAAUUCCCAAUCAUGUCAUUCGACUAUUUCCAGCCAAGCCCAGCCAAGAAAUUCGUCUCUCUCACCAAACACCCUUGGGCGACUAGCGGGAAAAUCAACACCGUCUUUCACGAGCUCAAGCCCCUUCAGCCAGACGACUUGAUCGGCGAAUGGGACGGAUAUAUCCUUGCCACAGGCCACCCAUUCGAAGACGAACUGGACACGCUAAAUUGGUUCGGCAAUACAUUUUAUUCCACCGACGACGUGGCGCCGCUGACUGUUGCACGGAACGGGGAGCGGGUGUCCUUCGAGGAUUGGGGGCGUGCAUCUCUACGUGAAAUCAAAUAUAAUGGAGUCGUCUCUGCGACUUUGGUCUACGAUAAGCGACCAAUGAUGGUGUAUUAUCGAGCUGUGAAACAUAACAUGGUGGCCGGGUGUAUUGAGAGUAAAGAGUGGCAGGGGAAGGUCUACUUCUAUUUGACGAGAUAA